CAUUCACGCAUGUGUCAGUUUGUAGGGAGACACGUGUAUCUACGUGUGAUACAUGUAUGAUACCUGCAAUACUGGGAGAGAGAAAAAAAAAAGAGUAGAGCCAUGUAAUGUUUACGGAACCAGAGUUGCGCGCCUGCUUUGGGUAAAACCAAGUCGAUUGACGCGCGCGUUAAAACCACGCCGCAUGUGACUUCUCAGCCUCAGUCAUUUUGGCAGCUCGACGCACGCGAGGAAGAGAGAGAGAGAGAGAGAGAGAGAGAGAGAGGGGGGGGUAGAGAUUGGUAGAGAGAGAGAGAUAGACACUGAGCUGUGAAACCGGUGCCACAGAUGUCGACGGAGAGGAAUCCCUGAAACCGCGCCGCUGCCCAGGAAAUACGGACAAAUGUUGUUUUAUGCGCCGUGCGUGUUUUUCCUCGCACAUCGAGGAGGCUGCAGAGCUCCAGGAUGCCGAGUGGGCGACGCUGCCACGGGGGAUACGUUGUGAUUUCGCCGAGAUGUUUUAGCCACCGUUGCAUAUAUUAAAAUAAGAAGGAAAAAAAAAAAAAAAAAAGCCCGUCACAUGAAGGAUUGGAAACCAAAGGGAUCUAAUAAGACGUCCCCACCUGUUACAAGAAAAUCAGUUGUGAAAGCAUCGCAAGGCCGAUGUCUUCAAAAGCGUCCGAGUCACACUGCAGCAGUCAGGGCGGAUGAGUAGCACAUCUGCCUUCCGCGCCGCCCCCCAAGGAGAGCUGACAGCGCCGCCGCCUCCUCCGCCCCCCCCAGAGUGCCACGCGCCAUGAUCCGGGGAGGCCCCCCGGCCGCGCCUCAGCUCGGGGACCGGCUAGAUCUCACCGCACGGAGCACUGGGGGGCCCUUCUACUGAGCGUCCCUCACUGCGUAGAAGCACAUGGAUUUCAAGACUUCAAAUGAAGAGACAAAGACGGGGAUUUACUUGAUGCAAGAAGGUGAUGAGGAGCCGUUUAAUAUUCGACUGCACUUGGCCAAAGACAUUCUGACCAUUCAGGAACAAGAUGUCAUCUGCGUGUCGGGAGAGCCUUUUUAUUCCAGUGAGCGCACUGUGACGAUCAGGAGGCAGACGAUCGGAGGCUUCGGCCUGAGCAUCAAGGGUGGAGCGGAGCAUAAAAUACCCGUUGUGAUAUCAAAGAUAUCGAAAGAACAAAAAGCUGAACUCACUGGGCUUCUUUUCAUCGGAGACGGCAUCCUUCAGAUAAACGGAAUAAACGUUAGAAGUUAUCGCCACGAGGAAGUGGUGCAGGUUUUGAGAAAUGCCGGUGAAGAAGUGACUCUCACCGUCUCUUUCCUGAAGAAGACUCCAGCCUUUCUGAAACUGCCCCUGUGUGAAGAUUGCACAUGCGUCCCCAGCGACCAGAGUAGUGGGACCUCCUCUCCCCUGUGCGACAGCGGCCUGCACUUGAACUACCACCCUAACAACACGGACACGCUGUCCUGCUCGUCGUGGCCCGCGUCCCCGGGCCUCCGCUGGGAGAAGCGCUGGGUGGACCUGCGCCUCAUCCCGCUGCUGCACUCGCGCCUGUCGCAGUACGACCCGGGCUCUGACGUCUGCAGGAAAAAUGCUUUCCAGGUGAUAGCCGUGGACGGAGUCUGCAGCGGCGUGUUGCAGUUCCUCACAGCGGAGGACUGCCUGGACUGGCUUCAGGCGCUGGCCAGCAACAUUUCCAGUCUCACCAAGCACAACGUGAAGAAGAUUAACCGAAAUUUUCCAGUUAACCAGCAGAUCGUCUACAUGGGCUGGGUGGACGAGAAGGAGCAGGACUCCGUCCAGGACCGAAUGUAUUCACCAAAGUUCCUCGCCCUGCGGGGCUCCUCCCUCUUCAAGUUCGCGGCACCUCCCGUGACGACGUGGGACUGGACCCGAGCGGAGAAAAGCUUCACUGUGUACGAAAUCAUGUGCAAGAUUCUGAAGGACGCCGACCUGCUGGACAAGAGGAGGCACUGCUUCAGCGUGCAGACGGAGAGCGGCGAGGACCUGUUCUUCGGCGUGGAGCUGGAGUGCGAGCUGCUGGUCUGGGAAAAGGCUUUUCAGAUGGCCACCUUCCUGGAGGUGGAGAGGAUACAGUGCAAGACGUACGCCUGCAUCAUGGAGAGCCACCUCAUGGGACUCACCGUUGACUUCAGCGCCGGCUUCGUGUGCUUCGAUGCCGCUUCAAAGGCGGUCCUGUGGAGGUACAAGUUCUCUCAACUCAAAGGGUCAUCCGACGACGGGAAAAGCAAGAUCAAGUUUUUAUUCCAAAAUCAAGACUCCAAAUCCAUUGAAGCGAAGGAGCUGGAGUUCUCGAACCUCUUCGCCGUGCUCCAUUGUAUCCACGCCUUCUUCGCCGCCAAAGUCGCCUGCCUGGACCCGAUUUUCGUGGAGAGCCAAGGCAACGCGACCACGGCCGGCUUCCCUUCCCUCUGCAGCAUCUCGUGCAAUUCACAGACACCGAAGCUGAAAUACGCCACCUGACAGGCGCCUGAACAGCGACCCCCCCCCCCCCCCCCCCUUUGUGGCGGGGGCCUGAAUGGGCCUCUUCGAGGGCGGGGGGCGGGAUGUACUUGACAUCGUGGAACACGCGGAACUUAAAAGAAGAACCUCCGCUUUGAAGGUGACACACAACGAGGACUCGAGAUGUUGCGAUUCUGGUGUGUUUUUAGGUGAAAUUUGAUCCUCAGACGUUCUUUUUUAAGUCCUUUUAAGGUUAAAUCACCGACGCGAUUAUGCCUUCUGUUCUUCGGUUUGUUUGUUCCGGAGGUGAAGAAUUCAACCUACGUUUAUACUUGAAUUAGCAGUAGACUUUAAUAUCCACUGAAAGCUGAACCUGAAUUCGGAUCGUGUGCCGGUUCAGUGAAACGAGCGUUUUUUUUAGAUGUUUAGAGUUUCCUUGUUUGCUUUUCUCUGUGCGUGACGUUAAACCCACAAACUGACCCCCCCCCCCCCCGAAGGCUGUGUGAAAGAGUCGGUUUUUUUUGUACGGAUGCAAAAAACGACGGACCACACAACUACAAUCAGACAACACAACCCUUGGCUGAGUGAUGUAUGAAAGUCCUUUUGAUGAUGUUUACAGCAUUUUCUCCCCCGAAACUUGAUUAUGUAAAUAAACUCUGACAUUCAAAUGAACUAAAGAAUUAUAAAUAAUGGCGAUUACUUGAGGGAUUACGUCGAGGGAUUAUGGCAUUUGUUAAUUUGAUGUGCACCACAGACGACCCCCCCCCCCCCCCCCCCCUGCGCUUGUAAAUAUGAUAUAUUAUAAUAUAUCAUUUUUUUUCGGUUGAGAACUAAGAGAAAACGAGAGAUGUGUAGCGUCGGGGGGGGGGCUCGAAAAAGGUUUGAGAUGCUCCUUUAAACUUCUCUCUGUAUUGAAAGUGUUUAUCAAUGCAGCAACUAACCCGUCACACUCACACAACAGAGUUCAGGUCAAUUAGUCACGCUCUUACCUUCCAUUUGCAAAGCAGACUGUGAAACAGAAGCACUGGGGGGGGGGGGGGGGGAUAUGAACGGGGUCAGGGAAGUGCGCCGCUGACACAAUAAUAACGGUGAUGCAUUCUAUGCAAAGAAACUCUUGAGUGACGCUUUUGUGCUUUGAAAAUAAUCUCAGUUGCUUACCUUUAUAUGGCAGGAUCUUAGAGAGUGAGGUUUGUUUUAUUUCCUUUUUUUUUGCAGAUGUUUUAUUAACAAAUAUUCCGUGUGAUAAGUGAAUAAAUAAGACAUUUUAUAUGAUG